AUGGUUGUCUUUACCCACUCCGCCAUGACCAGGUUAGCGAGCGGGGUAGCAUGGUCACCGCAUUCCUCCAGGGAAGACAAUCCCUCUGAUGGACGGCUGGCCUUCAUGCACGAGGUUCCAGGGCCCCGAAUAGCAGACGUCAGCCCGGGUAUGGGUCCAUCAGUGGGGACUGUUCGUUCCCUUGGGACCGAGAUUGACACUUGCGCACAUCGAGAAUGGGCCGGACGGCUGCGAACAGGGAAUGGGCUUCCCAAGAGAGCCCGGACGUGCAUAUGGUUCAGCACUAGCUCGCCAUCCCAGCCGACCUCGCUCGUGGUGGACAAAGGUGCUAGCAUCUUCAGCCGCGCCCAAUAG